AUGAGAGUUAUUAUCUUAUUGUUUGCACUAGUAGCUGUUACUCUUGCUAAAUACCAAAUUGGUAGUGGCCAGCAAUGCUAUCAGUGUGCUACAGAAGGCAGUAAAAUAUGCAGAGAUGCUAUAGAUCCUGAAGUUAGACACUGCUGUGGAGAGUUUGAGUACUCACUUGAUUGUGGAAGUUGGAACGAUACUCAAUGUUCAGAUCAAAUAACAGAUACAAGUGAUUACUACCUCUUGAAAUUGGAAAUAAUUUUGUUUUAAAAAGCAUGCUCUCUAGGAAAAGAAUGAACCCAUAGAAAUCCUGGUCAGACUGGAAAACCCCUGUAAGACUCCUUCUUCCUCUUGGAAGCCGCUUAAAGAUUCUCAUAGGCUAUCAACUUAUCUAUGAUAGGGCUUGCUUUAAGUUCCAAAAGUUUUGGAGAGUCCAAUGAGUAAAUUUUUCAAAUUUCUUCAGGAUUUGUUGAUUAGUCUUCUCAACUAAAAGAAACUUUGAGGGAGAAGCUAAAUGAAAGUUUUUAUUGCAUUUUCUGUAAAAAUGAGCGAGAUGGCUCGCUCUUCGGAAUAUCAACACUAAUAGUAGAACUCAGGCGAGCUAAGAAGGAGUCAUUUUUCUUUCAUACUUAUAGAAAAUACAAUAAAACUUGAACUUAGCUUCUCCUUUAUAAUUUUCUCAAUUGAGAAGACUAAUUGUCAAAUCCUAAACAAAUAUGCAUAACCUGCACGUUGUACCCUCCAAAACUCUUGGAACUUAGUGCAAGUCCAUCAUAGAUGCUUUGAGAGUCUCUGAGAAUCUUUAAGCAGCUUCUAAAAGGAAGAAGGAGGCUCAUAGAAGUCUUCUAGUCUUAUCAGUAUUUCUGUGGGUUUACUCUUCUCCUUGAAGUCAUGCUUUUUAGAACAAAAUUAUUUUCAAUUUCAAGGUGCAAUACGGAAGACAUUUACUUCUGUGUGAUACUUUCAAUUCUUGCAAGUAUGAUCAAAUUUGGCCAUCGUAAGAGUUCGCCUUGCUUCAUUCAAUAUUUUCAUCCUGGUUAACUUUGUGUCUCAAUUCUGAUAAAUUUGACUCUUUUAUUUGCAACAAUGACUAAUUUUUAUCAGAAUACAUUCUCAUUUCAAAUAGAAUUGAUGAGGUAUAGUAAAGCUGAAAGAAUGUAACCUUGUACUAUCUUCUAAUUUUAAGAAGAUCAUUUGGCUGGAUAAUCUGUAAACCCCACUUUUUGAGUGAAAUAAUGUUAGAAUCUAUAAUAUUUUGGUGAUUCUACCAUUAUUAAAAAUGCGACUUUCAGAUUAUAUAACCAAGUGAUCUUCUUAAGAUUAGAUGAUAUCUACAAGGUUACAUUGUUUCAACAUUUUCUAUAACAGGUUAUACAAAAAAAUCUAAUGUUGGCUGAUCCCUGUGCUAUCAGGCUCUGGAAUGUUGCUU